AUGGAGAGGGAGAUGAGCAAUAGGAAUCUCAGCGUCUGCAACGAGCUCCGCCUGGAAGGGAGAUUCUGUGAUGUGGUCAUUACUGUGCAAGGGGUGGAAUUCAAGGCUCACAGGCUCAUCCUACCUUGCUGCAGUGUCUACUUCAGGACUCUAUUUACCCGCUGGGACAGCACAGAGAAGGCAGUCUAUCAGAUCCCUGGUGUUUCAGCAGAAAUGAUGAGUCUCAUCAUCGAUUAUGCCUACACUGGGAGAGUACCAAUCACAGAGGACAACGUUGAGAGUUUGCUGGCCGCAGCUGACCAGUUCAACGUCAUGGACAUCGUCAGCCUGUGCUGCGAGUUCCUCAUAUCCAAGCUGAGCUUUGCGAAUUGCAUCGGCAUCUACAGACUCACCGACUAUUACAUGAGAGUGCGACUGGUACUACUAGACUAUGACUACAUCAUGAACCAUGUCAAAUGUCACAAGUAUGUGAAGGACGAUGCGGAGUGCAAGGAUCUCAUCAGCAGCGCCCUGUCAGAAAUGCAUGACCUGAACUCGUACGGCCGGAUCUCCUUGACUAACACCAACCCACUUAUUCUGCGCCCACGCUUGCCCUAUGCCAUCCUCUUUGCUAUCGGGGGCUGGAGAAACAGUGGACCAAUCAGCACCAUGGAGACCUAUGAUGGUCUCACAGACAAGUGGCUCCGCAUCCCCUGGGAGGAAGAAACUCCCGUUGCCUAUCAUGGCACAGUGUACUUGAAAGGCCACAUCUACGUUAUCGGUGGAUCUGGUGAAGCAGAGUAUUUCAACACUGUCAAGCGGUUUGACCCACUCCAGAAGACAUGGCAGCAGGUGGCACCUAUGCUCUCGCGGCGCUGCUAUGUCAGUGUCACAGUUGUGGACAACUUCAUCUACGCCAUGGGAGGCUUUGACGGGUACAUCCACCACAACACUGCGGAGCGGUACGACCCAAACACCAACCAGUGGACCCCGAUCGCCACCAUGCAUGAGCGGAGGAGCGACGCAGGCGGGACCACGAUCCAUGACAGGAUUUGGCUGAGGAAAGGCGUUUCAGCUCUGUCCCUUUGGCGUUCACAGGCUGGAGGGUUUAAUGGGCGCAGGCGGCUCCAGAACGUGGAAGCCUACAACCCUGUCUGCAACACCUGGCACGCUGUGUCCUCCAUGCUACAUCAACGCAGCCACUUUGGCAUCGAAGUGCUGGAAGGGCUGUUGUUUGUGGUCGGGGGCUUUAUCGGGUUCAAUUUGGAGUGCUACGACAGGAUAACCAAUGAGUGGUAUGAUGCCCGGAGCAUGCGCAUCAACUGCAGUGCCGUCAGCUGCUGUGUGGUGCCAGGGCUCUCCAAUGUCACGGAGUACAUCUCCACGAAACGCAACUGCUGGAGCAGUUCCUCCAGCCGCCGCAUGUUCCCAACUUCAACUCGCACUCACCCCU